CUCUCACAUUCACAUUCACAACAAAACACAAAACACAAACCUUUCUUCUUCGUCGUCUUCUCCGAUCAGAUCAUGGGCAACCCUAAAGUUUUCUUCGACAUGACCGUCGGUGGGCAACCAGCUGGUCGGAUCGUGAUGGAGCUUUACGCAGACACAACACCAGAGACCGCCGAGAAUUUCAGAGCACUCUGUACCGGAGAGAGAGGAGUGGGCAAAUCCGGUAAGCCGUUGCACUACAAAGGAUCGAGCUUUCACCGUGUGAUCCCCAAAUUCAUGUGCCAAGGAGGUGACUUCACAGCCGGGAACGGAACCGGAGGCGAGUCUAUCUACGGCAUGAAGUUUAAAGACGAGAACUUUAUCAAGAAACAUACCGGACCAGGUAUACUGUCUAUGGCCAACGCUGGUCCGAACACGAACGGAUCUCAGUUUUUUAUCUGUACUGAGAAGACUUCGUGGCUCGAUGGGAAACAUGUUGUGUUUGGUCAAGUUGUUGAGGGUUUGAAUGUUGUUAGAGAUAUUGAGAAGGUUGGAUCUGAUGCUGGAAGGACCUCCAAGCCUGUUGUCAUUGCUGACUGUGGUCAGAUUUCUUAGAUCUGUCUUGUCUCUGAGAGAGAGAGAGAGAGAGUGGUGAUGAUGAGUAUUACAAUGGUAGCUUUGUGUUGUUUCUUUUGAUGUUUUUUUCUGGUUUGUGUUCUUUUGGAUUUCGAUGUUUUUUUUUCUUUUUGCUCUUGUGAUCGUUAUGAGUUUGGCUACCAUUGAAUAAAAAUGAGAAUAAUUCGUCUUAGGUUUAUUAUUA